CCCGUUUUACCCGAGAAGAAACCCCCAAAUUUGGGCGCUCUCAAAAUUUUCCGAAAGAUCGAACACUUAAGUGCGAGUCUGCUACGAUGUCUUUAGAGGAGGAAGAAAACGCAGCCGAGCUCAAAAUCGGCGAUGAGUUCCUGAAGGCAAAAUGCUUGAUGAAUGGUGAAGUUGCGAGGAUUCUUGAUAAGAGAUUGGAUCAACUUCAGCAAUUCUCCGAUGAUCCUUCGAACCAAAUUUCGCAGGUGUUUGAGAAAUCUCAUCAGUAUGUGAAGCGCUUUAGCCGAUUCAAAAAUAACGAUGCAGUUACACAAGUUCGAGAAGUUCUAAGCCGGUAUCAGUUGACCGAGUUUGAGCUUGUUGUUAUUGGCAAUCUUUGUCCUGAAACCGUAGAGGAAGCUAUAGCUAUGGUCCCGUCUAUGAAGUCAAAAGGCCGUGGUCUUGAUGAUGAUGCCAUUGAGAAGAUGCUGCAUGAUCUCUCUCUCAUCAAGAAAUUUGAGUAGCAUGCCCAAAAAAAUACUUAUGCUGAUACUUGAGUCUACUACUGGGUAUUUAAUUCACCUUAAGGAAAUGUAGAUCAAGUUACUGUACAUCGAUCUCUUCCAGAGCUGCGGUGGUAAUGCUUUUAUGCUACAUUUUGCUUCUGUUCUGAUUGUAGGUUUUUUGGCAAAUCGAAAUAUAAAUCUAUAUGAAGCUGAUGGCAUCCUUGUUUUGGUCACAAGCCUGUUCUUCUCUGUGUUGUUUUUAUUUUUGACUAUUUUGUUGGUGAUGAUGUCCCAAGCAAAGCUUCUAUUUUCUAAAGCAAAGGUUUUGGUGUUGUGUAUCAUGGGAAACUACGGUUUUCUUACAAUUCCAUGGGUCCUGUUGAUCAUGUUUUUGGUUUCA